UUCAGGUGUUUGGAUACUAAACUCCCCCUGCGCAGGAGACACAAGUAUGGCAAACCUCAAAGGCAUGAUGCUGAUUCUGAUCUCCAUCUGCAUUAUGCAGCAUUUUCUGCAGGCGAAUGCUCAGAAGAAGGAGGGAAAAAGAAGGCAAAAGCAGCACGGCUCCACUCCAAAACCGACGAUAUCUUCUCCAAAUCCUAAAAAGAGCGACUCGAAACACUCAAAUGAUGACACCGCAUUAUUCAAAGGCCGGACCAUGAAUAAAGAUGGGACGCAGUGCACAUGGGCAGCCACUGAAAGCAGUGUUGAGCACGAUGGCACAUUUCUUUUGAGCAUCACCUGCAAAACGGGCGCUGAAACGAGUCUCCGCUGCGUGUACAGCGCAAAACCCAGGUUGUGCCCGGAGUACACAUCCAAUGUCAAUGCGUUUUGGAAACAGAUCAGCCGUUCCCUCAAGAAGCAGAAGAAUUUAUGUCGUGACGCCAAAGCUCUACUCAAGGCGAAAAUGUGCAGAAAAGCACCGAAAGGAGCACACUUUGCUUUCAAAACUACUCCAAAGCUUCAUUCUACUCCUGCGAGGAAGAAGAAGCCGUGCCCAGACAUUACUAAUAGACAGAAAUUGGCUGAGGAGUAUUGCAGCAGCUCUUGGUCUUCAUUCUGUACCUUCUUCUUUGCUAUGGUUGAGACUGAGGAUUGCUAAUCUACUAAAUGUAAAAUCAGAACUUUAUUUUUCACAUCAAAUUCUACUCACAAAUCAGAAGAACAGCACCGCGUGGCCCAAAAUUACAUAGAUACCUGACCAUCACAACCAUCUGAAGCUCUUCCCCUGAAGAUUUUCCAAUUUGGAAGCACACAACUGUAUAGAACAUUUCUGUAUUGUGUGGAAAUAAUUUCCCUUCAUUGCAACUAAGAGUUCAAGUUUAUUUCUAUUGCGCUUUUCACAACGGAUAUUGUCUCAAAGAAGCUUUACAGGACUUAAGAAUUAAAGUAAAUCAUGUGUUUAUAUCUCUGAGAGUUCAAAACUCUUCCAGUAUGAAAAUGCUCCUGUACACAAAGCAAACUCCAUGAAUAUAUGGUGUGUUGAGGUUGGAGUGGAAGAACUUCUGCACAUAAUUCAAUCCCACUUUACAUCUUUUAUGAAAAACUUUACCCCCAGAUCUCCUUACCUGACCUCACUAAUGCUGUUAAAGCUGAAUGAAUGAUGGUCAAGUUCUUUCAGAAUAAUGGAGGUUAUUCUAAUAGUAAAAUGGGGACUAAAAUCUGAAAUUAGAUCUUCUCCAAGCACAUGUAGGUAUCACUCUUUAGAUGUCAUUUUUGUCAACUAAAAUUCAUUUUAUAUGCCUGUGUUCCAGUGGCUGGCCAUGUAUUUUACACCUAGGCCUUUAGUGGUGUCCUACCUGAAUCAAUCUACCUCUCAAUGCCUUUAUUAUGACACCACGACUAUAGAAACCAUCAAUAAUUAUAGAGAAACGUAAUAUAACAGAGAGCUGCAGCACAGACAGGAAUCUCAUACAGUGAGAAUGAAUGCACUAAAACAAAAAACUCAACUAUUCAACACAUCUCCUUUCACUGCAGCCACAGCUGCUCCUAGAAAAGCAUGAAUAUUGUUUAUAUGGGUUAUAUGUAUAAUGUGUUUUAAACUCUUCUGGCUGAACGUUCCUCACAAUGUCCAGCUUUUGUUGAAAAGUCCAAAUCAAUUUCUUCUCUCUUUGGUCAGCCAUUGUGGAAAGGAAAAACAGCAAUAAUACUCAUAUUUGAGCUAAUGCAGUUUGCAGCAGAUGCAGUUUGCAAGAUUGGAUUAAUCUCGCAUAAUAUGUAUUUAUACAAUUGUGCAAUAUGUCGAGUAAAUAUUUGCUUUCAAGCAUGCCAACAAAGUGUGUGAAAGUUUUUUUUUUUUGUUUUCAGUCAUCAAAUUUUGUUCAAUCUUGUCAUAGCUACUGUAGACCGGCUAGUUAUCAAAAAAACAAUCCAGUUGGCUGCAAAGAGCCCAAAUGAAACUUUUAUAAUUAAAGAUUAUUAAAUUGAACCGAAUUCUUAUUGUCUGUUAAAUCAAGAUCUAAAAUGUGCAUCUUGUCCGCAAAUAUUAUAGUUUUCUAGUUGUUCUAGUUGUAACCAAAAUUAGGUAGAAAGCGAUCAUGUUCAAAUUCAGUGCUUAAAGGCAUCACGCUGUUUCAUUAUGACUCAAGAUUGUAAAUCAUUCCUUAAGGAGAAGAAAAAAAACUCGGCUGCAUUUCUUUCACCAGGUGCACAUAGUAUAAGUGUAAACUUUACUCCAUUUAUUUAUUCGUUUUUUCACCACAGUAAUAAAAUCUUAAAUAUCACUAAGUUCCCACAUCAAAGGAUUGAACUUCUUCCUUUAUAAUUUGGCUUUGUUGAGUUUGUAGGUCGUUUAAACCAAAGAGCUUCAAACACUACUUGUUCGAUAAAAGCUGCAAGUCGUGAUGACUGCAAUGGAGAAACUAAAUCUGAUAGCAUUGUGUGGAGGAUGAAUAGUGCACAUGGAGUCAUGUGGUGCUUGUUCAAACCUUUUUUAGGCUUAAAAGCAUUGCCACACAAAUGAGAUGUGUAUAAUGAAUAUUGGCAUUGCUGUGAUUUGGCUGAAAGCUGUCACUAAAAUAGAGUAAAAAUUGUGUGAAAAUUUUGACAAAAUAUUACUUUAUAUUUGCUUUGCAAGUCUCAUCGAAGACGCCCUAUCUAUCGAAGAGGAAGUAUUUGAGUAAAAGUACUUUUUACUGUAAUUGUAAUUUCUAGUUUUACUGAGUAUCAAAAAAUAUAAGCAACUUUUACUCUUUACUCAACUACAUUUAUGAUUUAGUGUAUAUGUCAUUUUUCCUCCAGGAUAUUUUAGAUGACAAUGAUGGUUACAAUUCCAUUUUGCAAUCACAGCUUUGAAAAUGUGGUUUUACUUUAUCUAAAAUAAUUUACUUCAAUUUUAUUUUACACUAAUUGUUCUUUGAGAAGUGAUACUGUAAUUUUAUUUGUUAACUAAAGAUAUCUUUAUGAAAAAUUGCUUUACUACUUUGUCUUUGUUUUUUUGAUCAUUGUUUCACUCUGGCAUGUCGAAUAGACUGUUGUGUUAUUGUGUUAACGUGGCUGUUGUGUUAAUGCAGUGUUCAGCUGUACAAUUUGAUUUGUAUUUUAGUAAAUAAAAUCUCACAAAUCGCUUA